CCUAAAGGAGAAACCCUAAUCAGAAUUUCACGGCUCUCUGCUCUCAUACGCACAUUCACAGAAUCACAUUCGCUCCGCUCAAUUUCAGAUUCACAUUCACUCUACUCUCUCGUCGCCUCAUCGCAUUCUUUCCGGCUCAGCCCCGACGCGAGUUCGGCCACCUCGACGCUCGCCCCACCGCGAGCUACGCCGUCUCAGCCGCAUCUUACCCUCGCCAACCAAAGACCGAAGCAGAAGAUGACGACCAACCCAAACACAAAAGAUACGUUACAUGAUACUGAAACUGAGCAACCUGUGCCUGUUGGGUGGUUACAGAAAAUUGAAGAGCGGUAUAGGAAAACCAAAGAAGAUGUUGAGGCUUACCCCUACGUAUGGGGCUCUUAUAUUCUUGUAUACGGAGGUUUUGGUUUAUGGCUGACCUACAGGUGGAGAGCUCUACGCAAAACUGAAGACAGAGUUCGAGCUCUCCAAGAGAAGAUCCGUAAACAACGUGAGGAGGCGUCUAGCUCUGCUGAAGUUGUAGAGAGAUCAGUAAAAUAUGGUUCGACGAAACCCAAGUCGCCAUCUGUUGAUAAAGCUAACCAAUAGUCAGUGUAAGCUACUCUUGAAAGAUAAAUGUUCUUCUGGAAACUUAUGUUCAAGUUCAGAGAAACAGAAGAUUCUGGUACAAAAUUACGUACACUUUCGCUCGUUGUUAGAUCAUAUGAGCUACAUUCCCAGGAUAUGCUAUUCAAGUAACAGAUCUUACACAUGAAUUAUGAGGUGAAAACAUUGAUUUUGGCCUUUUGUUUGCGGUUGAAUGCAAAACUAGAACGCUUGCUUUUGCCAUCGUCUUAUGAUGAAUAUAAAUUUCAUUUUUAUGCUGUGAGCUGCUGGGGAUAUGGUGGCUUGUAAGUUAUAUAGGCAUAGCUGACAAUGAAAGUUUGAGAAUGCAUUGUGGAAGUGGAAGUGUAAGAGGUAUAAAGAUAAAGCUGGUAAUUUCUCAUUUUA